GCGUUUUACCAACAUCCCUUGACUACACAAUUGCUGGUCUACACUGCACAGGGUAAUAAUCUAAGUGUAAAUAUACAAAAUUGGUAUAUGUAGCGUCAACAUUGGGAGCUUCUUCUGUUGAUUGGGAAUUGUUGAAUAUUUAACAUUGACAGAACAUGUGAAGAGGCAGUGGAAAGGACAUAAACAGUUGAUCGGAUUGAGCCCUGUCUUCAUUGAAAUAAUGGCAAGCUCUGUUUACGAAUCGACAUCAGAGACAACGAAUGCUAACAGAGCUUGUCGUGCUGUACUCGGUCCCUGUACAGACGGACUCCGUGAUACACUGCGUCACUACGUCCCACCACAAACACUGUCUCAUACCAUCAAACAAAACAGACAUAAGCGUCCGCAUCUGACGGCAGUUCAGAUAAAUCUCAUUCUACCUCAAAAUGCAAGCUACACGGGAUGUUACGAUGAUAUGGACAUUUCCUUGUUGUAUACACUCUUGAGGAAUAUUGCCGGCAUACCACCACAUUCCAAAGGCUGGGGUAAUGACCCAGACCCUGGCGACACGUCCAUCGCUGCAACUAUUGAAAGAAUUCGUUUGGUCCGCAAUCAGUGUGUACACUCAUCAUGUCCAUCCCUGUCUCAAGCUGACUUUGUUUCAAUCUGGUCCACUGUUCGAACAGCAAUGGGAAAUUUGGACACGUUCCUUAAUAACGGUAACAAGUAUGAGGAAGACGUUGACUUCUUACUACACGAAACCAUGGACCCAGGACGUGACAGUGUUUUACAAAAUAAACUGAGAAAACAAGUCAUUGAAGAUCAGAAAACCAAAGACAGAGUUGACAAACUUGAAGAUAAAGUGAAGAAAUUUACGAUGUCGACAAUCCCUCCAAAUGUGAAAGAACAACAUAACACUGAAAUUCAGGAAUGGGAAGAGGAAAACAAGCUUUACUACGAAACUCACAGCUUUCCCUCAAUGAUGGAAAAAGUACGAAACCAAUCCUUCGUAACAUUUGUUGGUGUGCCAGGAUCUGGAAAGUCGGCAACAGCUCAUCACAUCGCCCUCAAGCUCCAGGAGGAAGGUUACGAGGUUGUACCAGUUGAUGAAAUUAGAGAGAUAAAGCAAUACUGUGACACAAAGAAUCCACAGGUUUUUGUUAUUGAUGAUGUUGUUGGAGUGUUUGGCCUUCAAAACACAAAAUUUGAUGUAUUGACAGAUUAUAAACGAAAACUAACAACACCAUGCAUGGAAAAGUCUAGAACGCUGAUGACAUGCAGAGAGGCUGUGUUCAAUGAGAUACAAUCAUACACACAUUUUUUUACCGAAGAGGUAAAUGUGGUGAGGUUACACAGUUCUGAGAAUGAAUUAGAUGAGAAUGACAAAAAACAAAUUCUUCAGAAGUAUAGUUUACAUGUCAAUUUACUGUCACCUUCAUUGCCGGCGUUAACAACCCGCAUGUUUCCUCUCCUCUGUAAAUUUUUUUCAAAAGAAAAUAAUUUCAAAGUUCUAGGUCAAACAUUUUUCAUGAAUCCAAUUCAGUGCAUUAUCGAUGAAUUUGGUAACAUGCAGAGUUAUAACAAACUAAAUUACACAACUCUUGUUUUGUGUACCAUGAAUGGAAAUUGUCUCUCACGAGAUGUUUUUGAGAAUGCAUGUUUCGUUGACAAAAAAAGAAAUUUGUUAGAAAAAUGUAAAUUAGAGGCCCAUACAGAUACAUUCAAGUUCAUGGAUGCCUUGUCAGCAAUGGAGGGGACAUACACGAAACAGUGUAUUGAUGGCCAAUACUCAUUUAUUCAUGACUCUAUGUAUGAAAUAUGCGCCUAUCAUUUUGGCACACAGUUCCCAGACCAAAUAUUGUUGCACAUGAGUAGUAGUUAUAUUGCUAAUUUUGUAAAACCGCAAACAAUUGAAACUAGUAGUACGAAAAGUGCAAAGGAACAAGUUGAAACUCAAACAUGUAAGAGGGAUGAGAGUAGCAAUGGGAUAGUUAAGGAAGGAGAUGAAUGUGAUAAAAACAAAGAGAGCAGUAAUGAAAACGGUGAGAGUGGAGACGGUCAAGAUCUGUGUAUAAGGUUACGGGAGGACCAGUAUGCGCUGUUAGCAGAUAGGUUAUACAGAGAUAUACAGACCAUGGAGUUGUUUGGGGUUUUUAGAAAUAAUGUUUUAAAAAAUACCAAGGUGUGCGAAGCUUUCAUUCUCGAGCUGAAGACAAAGUCGUACAAAGAAUUGGAAUCAUUAUUUCUCUGCAAGGUGGAGAAUGUCGAGAAGAUAAUGAGAAUACAAAAGAGUGUGUUGGAUGAGAGUGAGGAUUGGGAUCAGUGGAGUGAAGAGAGGGAUAGGCAGAGGCUGUUAGUGGAUAUAAGGGAUUUAACGACACAGGGUGUGAGAGCGAUCAGCUGGGUGAUUUACUAUGGACACAAUAAGAUCCUACAGUACCUUGUAGGACUGAUUCAACAACACAAAGAAAUCAGUGAAUUAUCUAUGAUUUCCAAAGAUGGACACGAGUAUUCUUCUUUGCAGAAUAAGGAUUUUCUUGAUGCAGGUGCUACAAAUAGGCUACCGAAAUACCAGCCUUUACAUUAUGAUUCAGCAUUAGAGCAGAACAGAUUACUUCUAUUGGGUUGUUAUAGUGGUGAUGUAGAAACAGUCAAAUUAAUUCUAUCUCAGAUAAAUAAAACGCCAAUUGAAAAAACCGGUCAGAACGGUGAAGGUUAUGUUUUCUGUUCACCACUGACAGUCGCUUGCAAAGGGGGACACGUGAGCAUGGUGAUAGAAUUGGCAAAGGCUGGCACAAAUAUCAAUCAACAAGAUGAGAGGGGGAAUACACCACUGGUAGUUGCAUGCGAAGGUGGACACUUCAGAGUGGUGGAAGAGCUGGUAAAGGCUGGAGUUAAUGUCAAUUUGCAGGACAAAUGGAAUUCACCUCUGGUAGCUGCAUGUAGUGGAGGAUUUGAGAAUGUGGUGGAGGUGCUGGUGAAAGCAGGAGCUUGUGUUAAUUUAAAGGAUGAAAAUGAUAAGUCACCACUGAUAUGUGCGUGUUAUGGAGGUCAUGUAAACGUUGUGAAAGUAUUGGUAAAGGCUGGGGCUGAUGUAAACUUAAAUCAUGGGAAUAGUAAGUCAGCACUGAAUGUUGCAUGCUGUAGAGGACAUGUAAGUAUAGUAAAAGAUCUGAUUAAAGCGGGAGCUGAUGUGAAUCUCUAUUUUGGAAAUGCGAAAACACCAUUGAUAACUGCAUGUUUUGAAGGACAAGUGAGUGUUGUGAAAGAAUUGGUGAAGGCGGGAUCUGAUGCCAACCUUCAGAUAGAAAAUGGAAAUACAGCACUACUAACCGCUUGUAAGCGAGGACACGCUAGUGUGGUGGUGGAGUUGGUUAAAGCUGGGGCUAAUGUGAAUCAACGGGGUGAAUUUGGGAGAACACCACUAAUUGUUGCAUGUAAAAGAGAAUAUAUCAAAGUGGUAGAGGAGCUGAUGAAAGCGGGCGCUGAUGUCAAUCUACAGGAUGGACAUGGGACUACACCACUUGUAACUGCAUGUGAAGGGGGAUAUAUUGAGGUAGUUGAAAUAUUGUUGAUGACGGGAGCUGAUGUCAAUCUUCAGACUAGAGAAGGAAUGAUACCACUGGUUACUGCAUGUUUUUGGGGACAUGUGAAUGUGGUUGAGAAAUUAGUAAAGGCAGGGGCUUGUGUCAAUCUUCAGGACAAAAAUGGUAAAACACCAUUGGUAAGAGCAUGUUAUGUAGGACAUGUGGGAAUGGUGGAGGAGCUGGUGGGUGCAGGAGUUGAUGUCAAUUUGCAAGAUGAAAAUGGUCAAACACCACUGGGAACUGCUUGUAUUGAAGGACACAUAGCAGUGGUUGAGGUACUGGUGAGGCAAGGGGCUAAUGUCAAUCUAGGAAAUCGAGGAGGAACACCACUAUUAUCUGUAAUUGAUUUAGGACAUGCGAGUAUAUUGGAGAUGUUGGUAAAUUCGGGGGCCGAUAUCAAUUUGACGAAUAAACGAGGAGAAACACCACUGGUAACUGCAUGCUUUAAAGGACAGUUAAAUGUGGUGGAGAAGCUGGUGAAAGUUGGGGCACUUGUAAAUGAACAAAAUGCAAAUGGAAUUACGCCACUCGGAGCUGCAUGCUUUGAAGGACAUGCAAGUUUGAUAGAGGAGCUGGUAAAAAUGGGGGCUAAUGUCAAUGAAUGUUAUGACAAAGGACGGAGAACAGCUCUGAGUACUGCGUGUUACAGGAAACACGUCAGUGUAAUAAGGAAGCUGGUGAAAACAGGGGUUGAUGUUAAUAUUCAGUAUAGAAAUAAGGAAACAGCACUGGUUGAUACAUGUAAUAGAGGCUCUCUCGGUGUAGUGGAAGAGUUGUUGAAGUCGGGGGCUGAUGUCAAUCUAAAGAAUGGGAAUGGGGAAGCGCCACUGAUAACGGCAUCUUUUAGAGGACAUGAGAGUAUAGUGAAACAGUUGGUGCAGGCGGGAGCUGAUGUUAAUCUGCAGAAUGGACUUGGGAAAACCUCUCUGGUAAGUGCAUGCUUUGGAGGGCAUGCCAGUGUAGUGGAUGAGUUGUUGAAGUCGGGGGCUAAUGUCAAUCUGCAGAAUGGAGACGGGAAAACACCACUGGCAACAGCUUCGUUUAAAGGACAUGUAAAUUUGGUAAAAACGUUGAUAGAGGCAGGAGCUGAUGUCAAUCUGGAAAACGGACUUGGCGAAACUCCUCUGGUAAGUGCAUGUUUUUGUGGGGGUGACAAAGUAGUAGACGAGUUGGUGAACUUAGGAGCUGAUGUUAAUCUGCAGAAUGGAGUCGGGGACAUACCAUUAGGAGCAGCAUGCCUUAAAGGACAUGCACAUGUGGUUGAGAAGCUAAUACAGAAUGGGGCUGAUGUCAAUCUACGAAAUAAAAAAGGUUUCACACCACUUGAAACUGCAUGUUGUAAGGGACAUUUUAAAGUGAUGGAAGAGCUAGUAAAAGCAGGAGUCAAUGUCAAUCUGCAAGGUGAAAACGGGAGAACGCCACUAAUGACUGCAUGUUUUAGAGGACAUGGGGUUUUGGUUAGAGAACUGUUGAAAGCGGGAGCUGAUGUCAAUUUGCGAGAUGGAAAUGGGAGAUCGCCACUAGAAACUGCCAUGGAUAGAAGAUAUAUGAGUAUAGUUGACGACCUAUCGUUGGCAGGCGCAAACUGAAUAAUACAGAACAUAGUAUGCGCCAGUGGUAACAGCAAGUAGAUGGAAAUCUGAUGAAAACCUAGAAGCCGCGGAGUCUGAUGUCAAUUAACCUAACAUACAGAGGAAAAUUAUUUGAAUCUCUGUUUCAUGAUAUAAUUAAUUGCUAUUCAUGUCUCAGUAAAGUAUGGAGUAUUUUAACAGACUCUAUGACAUCAUGAAUUAUAUGAAGGUAUAUUAUACAAGUGUAGCCAUGGUGGACACACGUAUAAACAGGCAGUAGAGACUAGCGAUGAUGUGAUAGUAAAAAAGAGGAACGUAGUAUAAGUAAAAAAAAAUGUGUUUGGACCUAAAGGAAAAAAAUCUAAAUAAUCUAAAUCACCUGUUAUGUGUUGGUAUGGAUGCUAAUCGGUGGAUAUUUUUGUCAACGGAUGGCUAUGAUUUAAAUGAUUCUGAUAAUACUUUUGAUGUUAGGUAUGUUGGCGAUGAGGUUGGUGAGAGAUUUGAAUAGUUUGGGUUUCGUGAUGUGUUUGAUGUGAACGAAUCUGGUAAUGCGUUUGGUAUUGCCGAUUAUUAUGAUGUUACUUAUUUUGGUGAUUUUAUUGUACUGAUGACUUCAGUUUGAUGAUGUUAUUGAUUAAAUGUAACUGGUAAGUCGUAAAACGUUUUUGCAUACAAUGGCCGAUAACUUUCAUUGUUAUUUACUGAGCGAAUGGAGAUCGCAAAUAGGGAAAUACUGGCCCGUAUUGACUCUAUAUUAGGGUGGGACAAGCUGACUUGGGUGUGAGUACUGACAAAAGUGUUAUUCGUGGAGAGAUUGAUGAUCAGAGUACAAGGGAGUGAUACUUGGAAUCAAUAAACGUGCAUUACCCCAGAUGAGUAUUUUCAUUUCCUAUGUAAUUUGUAAGAUAUGUUUUGAUGUUCAGUAAUCCGGAUGUAAAUUUUCAUACACCCUGUUGAAGCUGCGGGUAGAAAACAUUACAUCACAUUGUAUUUUCUACAAGCAAUUGAUAAUCAUAUUUCCAAACAUCUUUGUUCCAGGGUCCGUGUUUCCUCUUAAUUUUGUACUCUUUGUGGGGAUUGUGAGCUUGAUCACUGCUCCUUAUUUUCACCUUUCCAUUAUAACAAGUUCAAUAAAAUAAAUACAACUUUUAUGGCAAUGAAAUUAUUGAUAUGAAUAGAUUAGGCCUUUUUUCACUCAAGCGUACAAAACCGGAAAACCUUACACAAUCUUCAACAAAAAUAACGAAAAGAUUUGUCUCAAAUACCUCGAUCCUGUAUCUAGAUUUAUUUGGUUACACAGGAAACGAAGUUAUCCAGGUCCAAUCAAAAAGAAACAUGUACUUGCCUCAUGGUAUAUGGAAUACAAACGGGGUAAAUUUCCCAUCACUCUUGAUUGGGCCUGGAUGAUUACCAAUGCACAGUGCAUUAUCUACGGGAUAAAAACGUGCCUGAUAUUUAGGUCUCACGGCGGGUGUGAGCGGUUGACAGGGGAUGCUUACUCCUCCUAGGCACCUAUAGUAUAUCCAGGGGUCCAUGUUUGCCCAACUCUCUAUUUUGUAUUGAUUAUAGGAGUUAUGAGAUUGAUCACUGUUCGUUAUCUGCACAUUUCAUAAUGGAGAUUGUAUUCAACACAAUAUCUAUGUAUUUUUUCUCAGAGAUUUGUGAAGUAAAUCUACUAUAGGAAAGAAAUGUGGUAUUAAGGAAAUAUGAAACAAUCAAAAAUGUUAACAUAACUAUGGAGUUCAAUACAGUCUGCAAGCUUAGUAUAAAAAUAUUUUAAAACAUAUUGUUAAAAUUAGGUGUUUUGUAAUUCUACUAUAUAUUUCUGUGAAGUGUUUUUGAGAUCCAUAUAUCUUACUGCAGUUGUUUGCUUAUAUAUAUUUUUUUUAUAUCUUUCUUUAGUUCUUAUUGUAAAAUAUACGAGUAUCCUCAUUUGAUUAUUUUGGGUCGACUGAUUGUCAGUGAUCUACAAAGAAACACAAAUAUGUAUCCCAAUGCUAUUAGGAGUUCAGAAUGUUUGUAUAGUAUGUAUACAUAGUUGCUAAUGCUACGAACAAGUCUCAGAUAAUCAACGGAAAUAAGGUAAUUCUAUUCUAAUGUCUUGUAAUUUAACAUUAGCUACUCAAUAAAUGUUGUUUUGAUA